CCUCCCUCUCCUGUCCACCCUCACUGGGGCCGUACAGAUCCCAGUGCCAUGGAAGUGCCUGGUGGGUGGGAGAUUCUUGUUCCACGGGCAUCCGGAGUAGCGGCGCGGAGCUGGUUCUUUUUUGCAUGCGGUAGGGUUUGCCCAGUGCCCCCCUGGAGGCCACACACGGCUGUGUUUGGAGCAGGUGCCUCCCCUCCGUGUUCGGUAGGAGUUGUUUCUGUGCUGCUUUGGAACUGCGAGUGGCUGAAGUUUUUCGUGGGGAGAUGGUGAUGCAGGUUUGACAUUUAUUUAGAACCCGCUCAGCUAACUGUGUUGUAAACACUGGCUUCUCUAAAGCAGCUGAUGUGAUGCCUUUGGGGUUUCCUGCUGAAUUAACUGGGGUGGGAUGAGCUCAAAAUAAUCCGUGUUAAAUUGGAGGUUCCUAGAAUGUCAUUGGGCACGUUAUGUUAACUCUCUCGUAAGGAUCCUGAUGGUGAUUUUGGCAAUGGCUUGAAGGAAGCUGACAGCUAAAAGCUGAGGAGCUGCAUGAGCAACUCAGAGUUCUAAGUAGAAAAUGGGAAAUGAGAAUCCCACUCUGUGGCCUGGCUAGUCUGGCAUUGGACUUUGGGGAGACCACACAUGUUUUACCAGAGAAAGCAAACUUCAGGAAGAGUGCAAAAUAAGAACAGAGAAACAAGGGAGGGAGAAGUGGGAUCUGUCCUGGGAAGCAGGAAUUUUUGUCUGGGUUCAUGAAUAUAUUGAACACAGGGAGCUGGGCUGGAGGUGGUCUGAGGAAGAGGAGAGAGAGUGUUAACUCAGCUCUCACAUUGUUGCAAAAGCUGCUGUGGCCAGGUUUGGUGCUUGUGUGUGGUUCAAAGCUGGUGGAAAGCUGAGUAGAGUUUGGAGAUGUAUGAGGUGGUAUUAAAGGUGAAAAAAGCUGACAUGUGGUGCAGAGAGAACUCCAUCUGCUUCCUCCAGCAAGAAUUUGAGAGAAGAUCUGGCCAGUCUGCAUCUGCUUGUGGGGAACAGAGGCUGGACACUGGGAAUUCAGAGGCUGGUCAGGCAGCUGGGCUCACAGCCCCAGGAGUUCAGGGUCUGCUCUGCUUGGGGGUCUGUGAGCUGGCCGUGGUGUCUUUCAGGGACUUUGCUGGAAGAUGGACAUGUUUUGGGGAGGACCCGGCUUUCCCCAGGAGCAGGGAGGAGCAUUCAGCAGAGCUGUGUGUUCCCAGCCACGUUUCAAGGGUCAGUGCUGCAGGGUCUGGCACAGGAUCCUCCUCGUCACUUGUGAGGAGGCUGCUGGGGAAACUGGGCUUGGUCUGGGUGAGACUUGUGGAGGAACAAGAAGAGGCUGAGCUGUGAUUGAACCAGGAGGGUUUGGACGGUGUCUGAGGAUGGGUGAGGAAGGCCCUCCCAGUUUGGAGUACAUCCAGGCCAAGGACUUGUUCCCCCCGAAGGAGCUCAUAAAGGAGGAGGAGUCUCUGCAGGUGCCGUUCACUGUGCUGCAGGGUGAGGGGGUGGAGUACCUGGGCCAUGCCAAUGACGCUGUGAUCGCCAUCUCCAACUACCGCCUGCAUAUCAAAUUCAAGGACUCUGUGAUCAAUGUGCCUUUGAGAAUGAUGGAAAGCGUGGAGUGUCGGGAUAUGUUCCAGCUUCACAUCAUCUGCAAGGACUCCAAAGUGAUCAGGUGCCAUUUCUCCACCUUCAAGCAGUGCCAGGAGUGGCUGAAGAGGCUGACUCGAGCCAUUGCCCGCCCUGCCAAGCCCGAGGACCUCUUUGCAUUUGCCUACCACGCCUGGUGCUUGGGGGUGUGUGUGGAUGAGGAGGAUCAACACGCCCAUCUCUGCCGGCCAGGGGACCACGUGAGGUUCCGGUUCGAGAUGGAGCUGGUGAGGAUGAGCUUCGACCUGCAGAACGCCUGGCGCGUCUCUGACAUCAACAACAACUACAAGCUUUGUUCCAGUUAUCCCCAGAAGCUGCUGGUCCCUGUCUGGAUCACCGACAAGGAGCUGGAGAACGUGGCUUCAUUCAGGUCAUGGAAGAGGAUCCCUGUGGUGGUGUACAGACACGCGCGCAGCGGGGCGGUGAUCGCGCGCUGCAGCCAGCCCGAGAUCAGCUGGUGGGGCUGGCGCAACGCCGACGACGAGUACCUGGUGACAUCCAUUGCCAAAGCCUGUGCCUUGAACCCCGGCGUGAGAGCGCCGGGCGCCGCGCCGCACACCGGGAGCAGCGACGGCAGCGAGCCCUGCGACACCGACUUCGACUCGUCGUUGACAGCGUGUUCGGGCGUGGAGAACGUGGGAACCCCUCAGAAGCUGCUGAUUCUCGAUGCCAGGUCCUACACAGCAGCCGUGGCCAACAGGGCCAAGGGAGGAGGCUGCGAAUGUGAAGAGUAUUACCCCAACUGUGAAGUCGUGUUCAUGGGCAUGGCCAACAUCCACUCCAUCCGGAACAGCUUCCAGUAUCUGCGUGCUGUCUGCAGCCAGGUGCCAGACCCCAGCAACUGGCUUUCAGCCCUGGAGAGCACCAAGUGGCUGCAGCACCUCUCUGUCAUGCUGAAGGCAGCAGUGCUGGUCUCCAGUGCUGUGGACAGAGAAGGGCGCCCAGUGCUGGUUCACUGCUCUGACGGCUGGGACAGGACUCCACAGAUCGUGGCACUGGCAAAGAUUCUCCUGGACCCUUACUACAGGACCAUGGAGGGCUUCCAGGUGCUUGUUGAGUCGGACUGGCUGGAUUUUGGUCAUAAGUUUGGGGAUCGCUGUGGACACCAGGAGAAGGUGGAAGAUCAGAAUGAGCAGUGCCCAGUUUUUCUCCAGUGGCUGGAUGCUGUUCAUCAGCUUCUGAAGCAGUUUCCCUGCCUCUUCGAAUUUAAUGAAGCUUUUCUGGUGAAGCUGGUGCAGCACACGUACUCCUGCCUCUACGGGACCUUCCUGGGGAACAGCCCUUGCGAGCGCGAGAUGCACAACAUCCCCAAGCGCACGUGCUCCGUCUGGUCCCUGCUGCGGGCCGGCAACAAGAACUUCCACAACCUGCUCUACAUGCCCGGGUCUGAGCAGGUGCUGCAUCCCGUGUGCCACGUGCGUGCCCUGCACCUCUGGACAGCCGUGUACCUGCCAGCCUCCUCACCACACCCGCUGGGACAGGAGGACAUGGACAUCUACAUGCCCCCCGGAUCUCAGAGCCAGGACUUCAGCGUCAGGUGUUUGGACAGAUUACCAAAGACAAGAUCUAUGGAUGACCUGCUCUCAGCCUGUGACUCCAGCAGCCCUUUGACACGCACAUCCAGUGACCCCAACCUGAACAACCACUGUCAGGAGGUGCGGGUGGGCUUGGAAGCCUGGAAUGCCAACACUGAGGGGGCUGAAGGUGCUGCAGUGGCCACGGGAGAGGCACGGCCCAGGGAGGAGAAGGAGGAGAACCCUCCCUUGCAAGGCAGCAGCUGUGCUGAGCACGAAGGGCCGAGCAGGCAGGCUGCUGUGCCAGCCAGCAGUGUCCCUGUGGAGGUGGAAAAGGGCAGUGGAACACACAUGGAGGAACUGGAUGGCGUAGGGCCAGAUCCAAAUCCUUCCGGACAGGAAAACAGCGACAAGGUUUCCACCAGUUCUGGAAAGCAUUUGGAAACCUGUCCCCAGGAACCUUUGAAGGCUGCUGGCACGGUGUCCAGUGCAGGAGGCUGUCCCAAAAGAAUCACCACCCACCAAGACAUUCCCAGCCAGGAGUCCCUGGCACCAGGCACCCCUGCUCAGGACAUCCCAGGCUUUGCCCUGGGUAUCCCGUGCUCAGAUGCAGACAAGGGCAGAGGUGAUGCUGGCAGGAGCGUGCCCUUUGAGGAGCCUGGCCAGCCAGGGAGGCUCCUGCUGGAGCAGUGGCGCAAGCCCAUUUCCCAGAGCCAAAGCAGUGAGUUCUCCUUCCUGGGGUCCAACUGGGACAGUUUUCAAGGCAUGGUGACAUCGCUCCCCAAUGGGGAGCCUGCAGCCAGACACCUCCUCUCCUAUGGCUGCUGCAGCAAGAGGCUGAGCAGCAAGCCCCUGCGGGCCCCAGGCCUGUGCCUCAGUGGCCCCUGGUCUGGCAGGGAAGGUGGGAAGCCCUCGGCCUGUGCUGGCCACGUGAGCUCGCAUUUUGGGAAGCCCAGCCGUUUCUGGCUGCCCUGCCACCUGAAACAAGCCUCUGGUCCCAAGCAUCUGCCCCCAAAAUGUCCCUCUCCUGUGCCUCCCCUCUACCUGGACGACGACGGGCUGCCGUUCCCCACGGAUGUGAUCCAGCACCGGCUGCGGCAGAUCGAGGCCAGCUACAAGCAGGAGGUGGAGCAGCUGCGCCGGCAGGUGCGGGAGCUGCAGCUGCGCCUGGACAUUCGCCACUUCUGCGCCCCUCCGGCCGAGCCCCCCAUGGACUACGAGGAUGACUUUACGUGUCUGAAGGAGUCGGAUGGCAGCGACACAGAGGAUUUCUGUUCUGACCACAGUGAGGACUGUUUGUCGGAAGCAAGCUGGGAACCUGUGGAUAAGAAGGAGACUGAGGUGACGCGGUGGGUCCCAGACCACAUGGCCUCGCACUGCUUCAACUGCGACUGUGAGUUCUGGCUGGCCAAACGGAGGCACCACUGCAGGAACUGUGGGAAUGUGUUCUGUGCUACCUGCUGCCAUCUGAAGCUGCCCAUCCCUGAUCAGCAGUUGUAUGACCCUGUCCUCGUUUGUAACUCCUGUUAUGACCAUAUCCAAGUGUCUCGUGCCAGGGAGCUCAUGAGCCAACAUAUGAAGAAACCCAUUGCCACAGCUUCCAGCUGAAUGCCAGACAAGGGACCUGUCUAAGCCCAGCCUUUUCUCUUGUGGGUUUGAAGGGUGACUCUGCCUCCAGGGUAACUGUGAAGGCCUUUGGCACAACACUUGAGCACCAAGCUGGGAUGCACUGUCUGCAGCAGCCUCACGGGCGGGCUGGAGCAGGGGGGCUCACACCAGAGUUCGCUGUGUCCCCACCCUGGAGCCGCUGGGCCCGUGUGUUGUAGCCCUGAUGGCCCAGGGCUGAGAGAGAAUCACAGCCUCUUCCUUUUGGGAGCUGGAAAGCAACGUUUUGACAGCUCUUGCCUGUGCAAAGUCCCCCCAGAGCAAUAGAAAGGGAUGUUUCGAACCACCUCCCCCUCCACAGGCAGCCUGCUGUGUGAGCAGGAGCAGGGCAAGCUCCCGAUGGUCCCGCGGGCAUUGGAAGGGCCUCAGCCUGGAGCAGAUCUGUGGAUUCUCUUUCCAUGAGUGUGAUUUGCGAUCAGCUUGCUGAACAAGACUCAUUAGCCAUCACUAAUUGAUUUUCUCUCGGGCUCUGAAGAGAAACUCAUUCCAGCUGAAAAGGGCCGAGCAGAUCGUGUCCGUUUUCAGGCUCCGCUGGGAUCGGUGUCGCACUGGACUUCAUCCCUGCCCCAGCACCACGGGGACAUGGGAGAUUGGCUUUUCACUUCUGCUCUGCCUGUCUGCUUUGUCUGCGGUCGUGUCACAGCCUGGUGCUAACACAGGAAUGGCACCCUGAUCCUCUCCUGGCAUGGAAACAGAACUCGUGUUCCUGUGUUGCUCUUCCUCCCCUUUUCUGCCCUCAGCUCUCCAUUUCCUACUGCUCUUUAUCCUGAAAACUUGAUACCUUGAGGGUAUAGGCCAUAAUGUGUUGUUUUACCUCCUGGAAUGUGCUGUCUGGUGUAUGUGAGGGUUUCAGUCCAAAUGCUGCUAUAUAUUUCUGUGCACUUAAUGUAACCCGAAGAAGGGAGAACGAAGCAUCAAUACCAAAACGGGGUGGGGAAGGACACUGGCUGACAUAGACACUACAGUCUGUGCUUUUCACUUUAGGAUGUACAGCCAAGCUGCAGUGAUAACCAUGACGUGUGGCAUGUGUUCAGAGGUGGAAACAAUCUCUCUGACUUGCCCCAGUGCUACCUGAAAUGCCUCUUGAAUUUGACUUCUUUUUUUUUGUCUCCUGUACAGCGGUCAAAGUUCAGAAUUGCCAACUUGUAAUUGCCUCUCUGCUUCUCCUUUAAACUAGAGAGCAGGAAUCCCAACUCAUCCUAAGGACAAGGAACUGGGUUUAGAAAGGAAGAAAGGUUUAUAAAGUGGGCUUCAGUGGGCUUGUAAUCCCUAGGUCCCUCGGGGAGCAUCCAUCCUGCCUCCUCUGUAAGGCAUCUGUGGAUGCUAGUCAGGAAGAAGAGUUUGAAAGUGGGGCAUUUCUUUGCAGAAAUAUAGGUUUUCUUUCCAAUGUAUUCUGCACUUCAGGAGCUGAGACUUGGUGUGUGGCAGGGAGGGCCUGUGAGGACAGUGCUCUGCUAACCAGGCAAAGCACUCGACACUGUUGUGAUAUCAGAUCUUUCUGGAAUGGUUCAUCAUCUCUGUCAGAAGGAAUGAAAUGAGGACCUUUCCCUGCACUUUGACUUGUCAGUCUCUGGUGUUGUAAAUCCUGAUGUGUGAGUGAAGCUCGUCCUCUGAAGACCCUGUACUUGGACUCUGCUUCUUUUCUACACUGGGAACAGCCAGGAUGGCUCUGGGAAGAGAAGGCACCUUCAGAUUCUGCCCUGCCUUGUACCUUGCAGUCGUGGAAGUGUGACCACUGGCCUGGCAGAAGAAGCUGGAUUUGCUCCUGUUUUGCACGUGUUGGAAUGACUGCAAGAGAUGAGGAAGCCAGGUACCAGGUACUGCUGGCCCUCCCAUUCAGGCCAUUAGUCCAAACUGCUUUUAGCUCCUGUGAGUUUCAGUGUCACAAUGUGCUGGCCAAAAACUCUCCAAACAGUUUGAUGGCAUUGUGACAAACAAAAUGUGCUGUACAACUCGAUACAGUUGAAAUAAAAUCUCUAUAUUAGUGCUG